GAUACACACGCACGCGCGCACACACAUAUAUAAAUAUAUACAUAUAUAUAUAUGCGUGUAUCUUAAUAGAGUUUAAAUAUAUAAAUUAAAUGUUUGUAUCACAUCCUGUAUUCCUACGUCUCUUAACAUUGCUACCAACAGUGCGAAGAAUCUUUCUAAGAUAGAUCGCAGUCUGAGAGAUGAUUUGUUAUCCGUUGCAUGAAUUCUCAUCGAAUAUUAUACGAUAUACGUAAUAUGUAACCAACGAUUUCCAAUAUAACAGCAAAAUGACAAAUAUGGCGCUCUACUAUGCCGGUUUCAACGCAAGUCCGUUAUUUACUGAAGAAGAAGACAUUGUUAUAGCAUUGGAUCGAUUCACAAAAGUUCCCUUUUCUGGUGUUACAAAUAUGGAGAUUAGUUGGAACUACUUCCUUCUUUGGAGAGAUUUGGAGUUAUAUAUUGUCGGAAAAGUAGACAGUGACGACGACAAGAAACCACCAGAGUUGCUAAAAAUUCCAGAAUCAUCCGGAAGAUGUAAAAUCGUUGGUGCUGGAAAGGAAAGCAUAAUAAUUUCAACAACUAAUAAUGAAAUCUGGCAAUACCGUCUUUACGAAAAAUCUUGGAAGAAAGUUCCCAAUUUUAUCAAUGCCAGCAAAGAAUUGGAAGAAGAAUAUCCUAUCAAAAUAUCACAAGGAGGGUGUACAGUAAUUCUUACAAAUUUAGGACGCAUUUUUAAUAUUCCUAUUUUGGUAGAAAUGCCAAAAAGGAUAAAGUUUGUAGAUUUCUCCUGUGGUUUUGAUCACACGAUAAUGUUGGCAGCAAAUGGCGAUGUUUAUUCGAUGGGUAUGGGCACCCGUGGACAGUUGGGACACGGUGAUUUAGAAGACUGCGACGAACCGCAAUUAAUAGAGGCACUGGCUGGCCUAAACGUAGUGCAAGUAUCUGCUGCUGGUUGGCAUAACGCUGUUGUUACAGAUCAGGGAGAUCUUUACACUUGGGGAUGGAACGUGAACGGAGAAUUAGGCAUACCAAAGGGAGACACCAAGGUCGUAGCAAUUCCUACAGUCAUCAAUUUCACAAAUGAUAAAGAGGAGUGCAUAGAUAUGAACGUAAAAAAAGUACAAUGUGGAAAUACUUUUACUAUUUGUAUGAUGGAUGACAGGUCGUUCUGGGGUUGUGGUUCCAACAAAUAUGGACAGUUAGGACAAUCACGGCAAAAAGUUACGAGUUCUACAAUUUUUUUUAAGUUAGACGUUCCCUUGGAUCGUAAAAAUAUAAUAGACUUUAAAUGCGAAGAAUGGGGUACGAUGAUAUCGACAAAAGUUAUUUCUUCUGUGAGCUAAUAUCCUUACCGUAUAUGGAAUGUCAAAUAAAAAGAAGGAAAAAUCAA